AUGCUCAUCUUCUCCCUCUUCAAGACCCUCACCGACCAGGUGAUCGAGGUCGAGCUCAAGAACGACCUGUGUAUCUCGGGCACGCUCAAGUCGGUCGACCAGUUCCUUAACAUCCGGCUGGACGGCAUCCAGGUCAAGGACCCCGCGCAGUUCCCGCAUAUGAUGGCCGUGAAGAACCUGUUCAUCCGUGGCUCAGUUGUGCGCUACGUCCGCCUGCCGGCACGGGAUGUCGACACCACUCUGUUGGAGGACGGGACGCGUCGGGAGGCCAAGAACGCGUCCAAGUAG